AUGUGCCUGGUGUCCUCCGAUCCGCAGGCCAAGGCUUUCGACCUUGACCUGGCCCCAUUCUCCCGCUUUCCAUCACCCCGCCCCAUUCUCCCGCUUUCCAUCACCCCGCCCCAUUCUCCCGCUUUCUAUCACCCCGCUCCAUUCUCCCGCUUUCCAUCAACCCGCCCCAUUCUCCCGCUUUCUAUCACCCCGCCCCAUUCUCCCUCUUUCCUUCACCCCGCCCCAUUCUCCCGCUUCCCAUCACCCCGUCCCAUUCUCCCUCUUCCCAUCACCCCGCCCCAUUCUCCCACUUUCGAUCACCCCACCCCAUUCUCCCGCUUUUUAUCACCCCGCCCCAUUCUCCCGCUUUCCUUCACCCCUCCCCAUUCCCUGGCUUCCCAUCACCCUGCCCCAUUCUCCCUCUUCCCAUCACCCCGACCCAUUCUCCCGCUUUCCAUCACCCCGCCCCAUUCUCCCGCUUUCCAUCACCGCGCCCCAUUCUCCCCCAUCACCCCACCCCAUUCUCCUGCUUUCCAUCACCCCGCCCCAUUCUACCUCUUUCCAUCACCCUGCCCCAUUCUCCCGCUUUCCAUCACCCCGCCCCAUUCACCCGCUUUCCAUCACCCCGCCCCAUUCUCCCGCUUUCUAUCACCCCGCUCCAUUCUCCCGCUUUCCAUCACCUCGCCCCAUUCUCCCGCUUUCCAUUACCCCGCCCUAUUCUCCCGCUUUCCAUCAACCCGCCCAUUCUCCUGCUUUCCAUCACCCCGCCCCAUUCUCCCGCUUUCCAUCACCCCGCCCCAUUCUCCCGCUUUCCAUCACCCCGCCCCAUUCUCCCUCUUUCCAUCACCCCGCCCCAUUCUCCCUCUUUCCUUCACCCCGCCCCAUUCUCCCGCUUCCUAUCACCCCGCCCCGUUCUCCCUCUUCCCAUCACCCCGCCCCAUUCUCCUGCUUUCCAUCACCCCGCCCCAUUCUCCCGCUUUCCAUCACCCCGCCCUAUUCUCCCGCUUUCCUUCACCCCGCCCCAUUCCCCCGCUUCCCAUCACCCCGGCCCAUUCGCCCUCUUCCCAUCACCCCGCCUCAUUCUCCCGCUUUCCAUCACCCCGCCCCAUUCUCCUGCUUUCCAUCACCCCGCCCCAUUCUCCCUCUUUCCAUCACCCCACCCCAUUCUCCUGCUUUCCAUCACCCCGCCCCAUUCUCCCUCUUUCCAUCACCCCGCACCAUUCUCCCGCUUUCCAUCACCCCGCCCCAUUCUCCCGCUUUCCAUCACCCCGCCCCAUUCUCCCGCUUUCCAUCACCCCGCCCCAUUCUCCCGCUUUCCAUCACCCCGCCCCAUUCUCCCGCUUUCCAUCACCCCGCCCCAUUCUCCCGCUUUCCAUCACCCCGCCCCAUUCUCCCACUUUCCAUCACCCCGCCCCAUUCUCCUGCUUUCCAUCACCCCGCCCCAUUCUCCCUCUUUCCAUCACCCCACCCCAUUCUCCUGCUUUCCAUCACCCCGCCCCAUUCUCCCUCUUUCCAUCACCCGCCCCAUUCUCCCGCUUUCCAUCACCCCGCCCCAUUCUCCCGCUUUCCAUCACCCCGCCCCAUUCUCCCGCUUUCCAUCACCCCGCCCCAUUCUCCCUCUUUCCAUCACCCCGCCCCAUUCUCCCGCUUUCCAUCACCCCGCCCCAUUCUCCCGCUUUCCAUCACCCCGCCCCAUUCUCCCGCUUUCCAUCACCCCGCCCCAUUCUCCCGCUUUCCGUCACCCCGCCCCAUUCUCCCGCUUUCCAUCACCCCGCCCCAUUCUCCCACUUUCCAUCACCCCGCCCCAUUCUCCCGCUUUCCAUCACCCCGCCCCAUUCUCCCGCUUUCCGUCACCCCGCCCCAUUCUCCCGCUUUCCAUCACCCCGCCCCAUUCUCCCACUUUCCAUCACCCCGCCCCAUUCUCCCGCUUUCCAUCACCCCGCCCCAUUCUCCCCCUCUCCAUCACCUCGCCCCAUUCUCCCGCUCUCCAUCACCUUGCCCCAUUCUCCCACUUUCCAUCAUCCCGCCCCAUUCUCCCGCUUUCCAUCAUCCCGCCCCAUUCUCCCUCCUCCCAUCACGUCGCCCCAUUCUCCCGCUUUCCAUCACCCCGCCUCAUUCUCCCGCUUUCCAUCACCCCGCCCCAUUCUCCCGCUUUCCAUCACCCCCCCCCAUUCUCCCGCUUUCCAUCACCCCGCCCCAUUCUCCUGCUUUCCAUCACCCCGCCCCAUUCUCCCUCUUUCCAUCACCCCACCCCAUUCUCCUGCUUUCCAUCACCCCGCCCCAUUCUCCCUCUUUCCAUCACCCCGCACCAUUCUCCCGCUUUCCAUCACCCCGCCCCAUUCUCCCGCUUUCCAUCACCCCGCCCCAUUCUCCCGCUUUCCAUCACCCCGCCCCAUUCUCCUGCUUUCCAUCACCCCGCCCCAUUCUCCCUCUUUCCAUCACCCCACCCCACUCUCCUGCUUUCCAUCACCCCGCCCCAUUCUCCCUCUUUCCAUCACCCGCCCCAUUCUCCCGCUUUCCAUCACCCCGCCCCAUUCUCCCGCUUUCCAUCACCCCGCCCCAUUCUCCCGCUUUCCAUCACCCCGCCCCAUUCUCCCUCUUUCCAUCACCCCGCCCCAUUCUCCCGCUUUCCAUCACCCCGCCCCAUUCUCCCGCUUUCCAUCACCCCGCCCCAUUCUCCCGCUUUCCAUCACCCCGCCCCAUUCUCCCGCUUUCCGUCACCCCGCCCCAUUCUCCCGCUUUCCAUCACCUCGCCCCAUUCUCCCACUUUCCAUCACCCCGCCCCAUUCUCCCGCUUUCCAUCACCCCGCCCCAUUCUCCCGCUUUCCGUCACCCCGCCCCAUUCUCCCGCUUUCCAUCACCCCGCCCCAUUCUCCCACUUUCCAUCACCCCGCCCCAUUCUCCCGCUUUCCAUCACCCCGCCCCAUUCUCCCCCUCUCCAUCACCUCGCCCCAUUCUCCCGCUCUCCAUCACCUUGCCCCAUUCUCCCACUUUCCAUCAUCCCGCCCCAUUCUCCCGCUUUCCAUCAUCCCGCCCCAUUCUCCCUCCUCCCAUCACGUCGCCCCAUUCUCCCGCUUUCCAUCACCCCGCCUCAUUCUCCCGCUUUCCAUCACCCCGCCCCAUUCUCCCGCUUUCCAUCACCCCGCCCCAUUCUCCCGCUUUCCAUCACCCCGCCCCAUUCUCCCUCUUUCCAUCACCCCGCCCCAUUCUCCCGCUUUCCAUCACCCCGCCCCAUUCUCCCGCUUUCCAUCACCCCGCCCCAUUCUCCCGCUUUCCAUCACCCCGCCCCAUUCUACCGCUUUCCGUCACCCCGCCCCAUUCUCCCGCUUUCCAUCACCCCGUCCCAUUCUCCCACUUUCCAUCACCCCGCCCCAUUCUCCCGCUUUCCAUCACCCCGCCCCAUUCUCCCGCUCUCCAUCACCUCGCCCCAUUCUCCCGCUCUCCAUCACCUUGCCCCAUUCUCCCGCUUUCCAUCAUCCCGCCCCAUUCUCCCACUUUCCAUCAUCCCGCCCCAUUCUCCCUCCUCCCAUCACGUCGCCCCAUUCUCCCGCUUUCCAUCACCCCGCCUCAUUCUCCCGCUUUCCAUCACCCCGCCCCAUUCUCCCGCUUUCCAUCACCCCGCCCCAUUCUCCCGCUUUCCAUCACCCUGCCCCAUUCUCCCGCUUUCCAUCACCCCACCCCAUUCUCCCGCUUUCCAUCACCCCGCCCCAUUCUCCCGCUUUCCAUCACCCCGCCCCAUUCUCUCGCUUUCCAUCACCCGCCCCAUUCUCCCACUUUCCAUCACCCCUCCCCAUUCUCCCUCCUUCCAUCACCCCGCCCCAUUCUCCCUCCUUCCAUCACCCCGACCCAUUCUCCCUCCUUCCAUCACCACGCCCCAUUCUCCCGCUUUCCAUCGCCCCACCCCAUUCUCCCACUUUGCAUCACCCCGCCCCAUUCUCCCGCUUUCCAUCACCCCGACCCAUUCUCCCGCUUUCCAUCACCCUGCCUCAUUCUCCGGCUUUCCAUCACCCCGCCCCAUUCUCCCGCUUUCCAUCACCCCGCCCCAUUCUCCCGCUUUCCAUCACCCCGCCCCAUUCUCCCUCCUUCCAUCACCCUGCCCCAUUCUCCCUCCUUCCAUCACCCCGGCCCAUUCUCCCGCUUUCCAUCACCCCGCCCCAUACUCCUGCUUUCCAUCACCCCGCCCCAUUCUCCCGCUUUCUAUCACCCCGCCCCAUUCUCCCUCCUUCCAUCACCCCGCCCCAUUCUCCCUCCUUCCAUCACCCCACCCCAUUCUCCUGCUUUCCAUCACCCCGCCCUAUUCUUCCGCAUUCCAUCACCCAGCCCCAUUCUCCCGCUUUCCAUCACCUCGCCCCAUUUUCCUGCUUUCCGUCACCCCGCCCCAUUCUCCCGCUAUCCAUCACCCCGCCCCAUUCCCCCGCUUUCCAUCACCCCUCCCCAUUCUCCCGCUUUCCAUCACCCCGCCCCAUUCUCCCGCUAUCCAUCAGCCCGCCCCAUUCUCCCGCUUUCCAUCACCCCGCCCCAUUCUCCCGCUUUCCAUCACCCCGCACCAUUCUCCCGCUUUCCAUCACCCCGCCCAAAUCCCCCUCCUUCCAUCACCCCGCCCCAUUCUCCCGCUUUCCAUCACCCUGCCCAAUUCUCCCGCUUUCCAUCACCACGCCUUAUUCUCCCGCUUUCCAUCACCCCGCCCCAUUCUCCCGCUUUCCAUCACCCCGCCCCAUUCUCCCGCUUUCCAUCACCCCGCCCCAUUCUCCCUUCUUCCAUCACCUCGCCCCAUUCUCCCUCCUUCCAUCACCCCGCCCCAUUCUCCUGCUUUCCAUCACCCCGCCCCAUUCUUCCGCAUUUCAUCACCCAGCCCCAUUUUCCCGCUUUCCGUCACCCCGUCCCAUUCUCCCGCUAUCCAUCACCCCGCCCCAUUCCCCCACUUUCCAUCACCCCGCCCCAUUCUCCCGCUUUCCAUCACCCCGCCCCAUUCUCCCGCUUUCCAUCACCCCGCCCCAUUCUCCCGCUUUCCAUCACCCCUCCCCAUUCUCCUGCUUUCCAUCACCCUGCCCCAUUCUCCCUCCUUCCAUGACUCCGCCCCAUUCUCCCUCCUUCCAUUACCCCGCCCCAUUCUCCCGCUUUCCAUCACCCCGCCCCAUUCUCCCGCUUUCCAUCACCCCGUCCCAUUCUCCCGCUUUCCAUCAUUACGCCCCAUUCUACAGCUUUCCAUCACCCCGUCCCAUUCUCCCUCUUUCCAUCACCUCGCCCCAUUCUCCCGCUUUCCAUCACCCCGCCAGAUUCUCCCGCUUUCCAUCACCCCGCCCCAUUCUCCCGCUAUCCAUCACCCCGCCCCAUUCUCCCGCUUUCCAUCACCCCGCACCAUUCUCCCGCUUUCCAUCACCCCGCACCAUUCUCCCGCUUUCCAUCACCCCGCCCCAUUCCCUCUCCUUCCAUCACCCCGCCCCAUUCUCCCGCUUUCCAUCACCCCGCCCAAUUCUCCCGCUUUCCAUCACCACGCCUUAUUCUCCCGCUUUCCAUCACCCCGCCCCAUUCUCCCGCUUUCCAUCACCCCGCCCCAUUCUCCCGCUUUCCAUCACCCCGCCCCAUUCUCCCUUCUUCCAUCACCUCGCCCCAUUCUCCCUCCUUCCAUCACCCCGCCCCAUUCUCCUGCUUUCCAUCACCCCGCCCCAUUCUUCCGCAUUUCAUCACCCAGCCCCAUUCUCCCGCUUUCCAUCACCCCGCCCCAUUUUCCUGCUUUCCGUCACCCCGCCCCAUUCUCCCGCUAUCCAUCACCCCGCCCCAUUCCCCCACUUUCCAUCACCGCGCCCCAUUCUCCCGCUUUCCAUCACCCCGCCCCAUUCUCCCGCUUUCCAUCACCCCGCCCCAUUCUCCCGCUUUCCAUCACCCCUCCCUAUUCUCCUGCUUUCCAUCACCCUGCCCCAUUCUCCCUCCUUCCAUGACCCCGCCCCAUUCUCCCUCCUUCCAUUACCCCGCCCCAUUCUCCUCCUUUCCAUCACCCCACCCCAUUCUCCCGCUUUCCAUCACCCCGUCCCAUUCUCCAGCUUUCCAUCACCCCGUCUCAUUCUCCCUCUUUCCAUCACCCCGCCCCAUUCUCCCUCAUUCCAUCACCCCGCCCCAUUCUCCCGCUUUCCAUCACCCCGCCCCAUUCUCCCGCUUCCCAUAACCCCACCCCAUUCUCUCGCUUUCCAUCACCCCGCCACAUUUUCCCACUUUCCAUCACCCCGCCCCCUUCUCUCUCCUUCCAUCACCCCGCCCCAUUCUCCCUCCUUCCAUCACCCCGCCCCAUUCUCCCGCUUUCCAUCAGCCCGCCCCAUUCUCCCGCUUUCCAUCACCCCGCCCCUUUCUCCCGCUUUCCAUCUCCCUGCCCCAUUCUCCCGCUUUCCAUCACCCCGCCCCAUUCUCCCGCUUUCCAUCACCCCGCCCCAUUCUUCCGCUUCCCAUCAUCCCGCCCCAUUCCACCACUUUCCAUCACCCCUCCCCAUUCUCCCCCUUUCCAUCACCCUGCCCCAUUCACCCGCUUUCCAUCACCUCGCCCCAUUCUCCCGCUUUCCAUCACCCCGCCUCAAUCUUCUGCUUUCCAUCACCCCGCCCCAUUCUCCCGCUUUCCAUCACCCUGCCCCAUUCACCCGCUUUCCAUCACCCGCCUCAUUCUCCCGCUUUCCAUCACCCCGCCCCAUUCUCCCGCUUUCCAUCACCCCGCUCCAUUCUGCCGCUUUCCAUCCCCCCGCCCCAUUCUCCCGCUUUCCAUCACCCCGCCCUAUUCUCCCGCUUUCCAUCACUCCGCCCCAUUCUCCCGCUUUCCAUCACCCCGACCCAUUCUCCCACUUUCCAUCACCCCGCCCCAGUCUCCCUCCUUCCAUCACCCUGCCUCAUUCUCCCUCCUUCCAUCACCCCGCCCCAUUCUCCCGCUUUCCAUCACCCCGCCCUAUUCUCCCGCUUUUCAUCACCCCGCCCCAUUCUCCCGCUUUCCAAUACCCCGCCCCAUUUUCUCGCCUUCCAUCACCCCGCCCCAUUCCUCCCGCUUUCCAAUCACCCCGCCCCAUUUCUCGCCUUCCAUCACCCCGCCCCAUUCUCCCUCCUUUCCAUCACCCCGCCCCCUUCUCCCUCCUUUCCAUCACCCCGCCCCAUUCUCCCGCUUUCCAUCACCCCGCCCCAUUCUCUCGCUUUCCAUCACCCCGCCUCAUUCUCCCGCUUUCCAUCACCCCGCCCCAUUCUCCCUCCUUCCAUCACCCCGCCCCAUUCUCGUGCUUUCCAUCACCUCGCCCCAUUCUCCCUCCUUCCAUCACCCCGCCCCAUUCUCCCUCCUUCCAUCACCCCGCCCCAUUCUCCCGCUUUUGCAUCACCUCGCCCCAUUCUCCCGCUUCCCAUAACCCCACCUCAUUCUCCCGCUUUCCAUCACCCCACCCCAUUCUCCCGAUUUCCAUCACCCCGCCCCAUUCUCCCGCUCUCCAUCACCCCGCCCCAUUCUCCCGCUUUCCAUCACCCCGCCCCAUUCUCCCGCUUUCCAUCAUCCCGCCCCAUUCUCCCUCCUUCCAUCACCCCGCCCCAUUCUCCCACUUUCCAUCACUCCGCCCCAUUCUUCCCUCCUUCCAUCACCCCGCCCCAUUCUCCCUCCUUCCAUCACCCCGCCCCAUUCUCCCGCUUUCCAUCGCCCCGCCCCAUUCUCCCGCUUCCCAUAACCCCACCCCAUUCUCCCGCUUUCCAUCACCCCGCCACAUUCUCCCACUUUCCAUCACCCGGCCCCCUUGUCUCUCCUUCCAUCACCCCGCCCCAUUCUCCCUCCUUCUAUCACCCCGCCCCAUUCUCCCUCCUUCCAUCACCCCGCCCCAUUCUCCCGCUUUUGCAUCACCCCGCCCCAUUCUCCCGCUUCCCAUAACCCCACCUCAUUCUCCCGCUUUCCAUCACCCCAACCCCUUCUCCCGAUUUCCAUCACCCCACCCCAUUCUCCCGCUUUCCAUCACCCCGCCCCAUUCUCCCGCUUUCCAUCACCCCGCCUCAUUCUCCCGCUUUCCAUCAGCCCGCCCCAUUCUCCCGCUUUCCAUCACCCCGCCCCAUUCUUCCGCUUCCCAUCAUCCCGCCCCAUUCCCCCGCUUUCCAUCACCCCUCCCCAUUCUCCCUCCUUCCAUCACCCCGCCCCAUUCUCCCCCUUUCCAUCACCCGCCCCAUUCUCCCGCUUUCCAUCACCUCGCCCCAUUCUCCCGCUUUCCAUCACCCUGCCCCAUUCUUAUGCUUUCCAUCACCCCGCCCCAUUCUCCCGCAUUCCAUCACCCUGCCCCAUUCACCCGCUUUCCAUCACCCGCCCCAUUCUCCCGCUUUCCAUCACCCCGCCCCAUUCUCCCGCUUUCCAUCACCCCGCCCCAUUCUCCCGCUUUCCAUCACCCCGCCCCAUUCUUCCUCCUUCCAUCACCCCGCCCCAUUCUCCCGCUUUGCAUCACCCCGCCCCAUUCUCCCUCCUUCCAUCACCCUGCCCCAUUCUCCCGCUUUCCAUCACCCCGCCCUGUUCUCCCGCUUUCCAUCACCCCGCCCCAUUCUUCCUCCUUCAAACACCCCGCCCCAUUCUCCCGCUUUCCAUCACCCCGCCCCAGUCUCCCUCCUUCCAUCACCCCGCCCCAUUCUCCCGCUUUCCAUCACCUCGCCCCAUUCUCCCUCAUUCCAUCACCCCGCCCCAUUCUCCCGCUUUCCAUCACCCCGCCCCAUUCUCCCGCUUCCCAUAACCCCGCCCCAUUCUCCCGCUUUCCAUCACCUCGCCACAUUUUCCCACUUUCCAUCACCCCGCCCCCUUCUCUCUCCUUCCAUCACCCCGCCCCAUUCUCCCUCCUUCCAUCACCCCGCCCCAUUCUCCCGCUUUCCAUCAGCCCGCCCCAUUCUCCCACUCCCGCCCCAUUCUCCCGCUUUCCAUCAUCCCGCCCCUUUCUCCCGCUUUCCAUCAGCCCGCCCCAUUCUCCCGCUUUCCAUCACCCCGCCCCCUUCUCCCGCUUUCCAUCACCCCGCCCCAUUCUCCCACUUUCCAUCACUCCGCCCCAUUCUCCCGCUUUCCAUCACCCCGACCCAUUCUCCCACUUUCCAUCACCCCGCCCCAUUCUCCCGCUUUCCAUCACCCAGCCCCAUUCUCCCGCUUUCCAUCACCCCGCCCCAUUUUCCCGCUUUCCAUCACCCCGCCCCAUUCUCCCGCUUUCCAUCACCCUGCCCCAAUCUCCCGCUUUCAAUUACCCCACCCCAUUCUCCCUCCUUCCAUCACCCCGCCCCAUUCUCCCGCUUUCCAUCACCCCGCCCCAUUCUCCCGCUUUCCAUCACCCAGCCCCAUUCUCCCGCUUUCCAUCACCCCGCCCCAUUCUCCCGCUUUCCAUCACCACGCCCCAUUCUCCCGCUUUCCAUCACCCCGCCCCAUUCUCCCGCUUUCCAUCACCCCGCCCCAUUCUCCCGCUUUCCAUCACCCCGCCCCAUUCUCCCGCUUUCCAUCAGCCCGCCCCAUUCUCCCGCUUUCCAUCAUCCCGCCCCUUUCUCCCGCUUUCCAUCAGCCCGCCCCAUUCUCCCGCUUUCCAUCACCCCGCCCCCUUCUCCCGCUUUCCAUCACCCCGCCCCAUUCUCCCACUUUCCAUCACUCCGCCCCAUUCUCCCGCUUUCCAUCAUCCCGACCCAUUCUCCCACUUUCCAUCACCCCGCCCCAUUCUCCCGCUUUCCAUCACCCAGCCCCAUUCUCCCGCUUUCCAUCACCCCGCCCCAUUUUCCCGCUUUCCAUCACCCCGCCCCAUUCUCCCGCUUUCCAUCACCCUGCCCCAAUCUCCCGCUUUCAAUUACCCCACCCCAUUCUCCCUCCUUCCAUCACCCCGCCCCAUUCUCCCGCUUUCCAUCACCCCGCCCCAUUCUCCCGCUUUCCAUCACCCUGCCCCAAUCUCCCGCUUUCAAUUACCCCACCCCAUUCUCCCUCCUUCCAUCACCCCACCCCAUUCUCCUGCUUUCCAUCACCCCGCCCCAUUCUCCCUCCUUCCAUCACCCCGCCCCAUUCUCCCUCCUUCCAUCAGCCCGCCCCAUUCUCCCGCUUUCCAUCACCCCGCCCCAUUCUCCCGCUUUCCAUCACCCCGCCCCAUUCUCCCGCUUUCCAUCAGCCCGCCCCAUUCUCCCGCUUUCCAUCAUCCCGCCCCUUUCUCCCGCUUUCCAUCAGCCCGCCCCAUUCUCCCGCUUUCCAUCACCCCGCCCCCUUCUCCCGCUUUCCAUCACCCCGCCCCAUUCUCCCACUUUCCAUCACUCCGCCCCAUUCUCCCGCUUUCCAUCACCCCGACCCAUUCUCCCACUUUCCAUCACCCCGCCCCAUUCUCCCGCUUUCCAUCACCCAGCCCCAUUCUCCCGCUUUCCAUCACCCCGCCCCAUUUUCCCGCUUUCCAUCACCCCGCCCCAUUCUCCCGCUUUCCAUCACCCUGCCCCAAUCUCCCGCUUUCAAUUACCCCACCCCAUUCUCCCUCCUUCCAUCACCCCGCCCCAUUCUCCCGCUUUCCAUCACCCCGCCCCAUUCUCCCGCUUUCCAUCACCCUGCCCCAAUCUCCCGCUUUCAAUUACCCCACCCCAUUCUCCCUCCUUCCAUCACCCCACCCCAUUCUCCUGCUUUCCAUCACCCCGCCCCAUUCUCCCUCCUUCCAUCACCCCGCCCCAUUCUCCCUCCUUCCAUCAGCCCGCCCCAUUCUCCCGCUUUCCAACACCCCGCCCCAUUCUCCCGCUUCGCAUAACCCCACCCCCUUCUCCCGCUUUCCAUCACCGUCGCCACAUUCUCCCGCCUUCUAUCACCCCGCCCCAUUCUCCCUCCUUCCAUUACCCCGCCCCAUUCUCCCGCUUUCCAUCACCCCGCCCCAUUCUCCCGAUUUCCAUCACCCCGCCCCAUUCUCCCGCUUUCCAUCACCCCGCCCCAUUCUCCCGCUUUCCAUCACCCCGCCCCAUUCUCCCGAUUUCCAUCAUCCCGCCCCAUUCUCCCUCCUUCCAUCACCUCGCCCCAUUCUCCCGCUUUCCAUCACUCCGCCCCAUUCUCCCUCCUUCCAUCACCCCGCCCCAUUCUCCCGCUUUCCAUCACCCCGCCCCAUUCUCCCGCUUCCCAUAACCCCACCCCAUUCUCCCGCAUUCCAUCACCCCGCCACAUUCUCCCACUUUCCAUCACCCCGCCCCCUUCUCUCCCCUUCCAUCACCCCGCCCCAUUCUCCCUCCUUCCAUCACCCCGCCCCAUUCUCCCGCUUUCCAUCAGCCCGCCCCAUUCUCCCUCUUUCCAUCACCCCUCCCCUUUCUCCCGCUUUCCAUCUCCCCGCCCCAUUCUCCCGCUUCCCAUCACCCCGCCCCAUUCUCCCGCUUUCCAUCACCCCGCCCCAUUCUUCCGCUUCCCAUCAUCCCGCCCCAUUCCCCCGCUUUCCAUCACCCCUCCCCAUUCUCCCUCCUUCCAUCACCCCGCCCCAUUCUCUCGCUUUCCAUCACCCCGCCCCAUUCGCCCGCUUUCCAUCACCCCGCCCCAUUCUCCCGCUUUCCAUCACCCCGCCCCAUUCCUCCUCCUUCCAUCACCCCGCCCCAUUCUCCCGCUUUGCAUCACCCCGCCCCAUUCUCCCUCCUUCCAUCACCCUGCCCCAUUCUCCCGCUUUCCAUCACCCCGCCCUGUUCUCCCGCUUUCCAUCACCCCGCCCCAUUCUUCCUCCUUCCAUCACCCCGCCCCAUUCUCCCGCUUUCCAUCACCCCGCCCUAGUCUCCCUCCUUCCAUCACCCCGCCCCAUUCUCCCGCUUUCCAUCACCCCGCCCCAUUCUCCCUCAUUCCAUCACCCCGCCCCAUUCUCCUGCUUUCCAUCACCCCGCCCCAUUCUCCCGCUUCCCAUAACCCCACCCCAUUCUCCCGCUUUCCAUCACCUCGCCACAUUUUCCCACUUUCCAUCACCCCGCCCCCUUCUCUCUCCUUCCAUCACCCCGCCCCAUUCUCCCUCCUUCCAUCACCCCGCCCCAUUCUCCCGCUUUCCAUCAGCCCGCCCCAUUCUCCCACUCCCGCCCCAUUCUCCCGCUUUCCAUCACCCCGCCCCUUUCUCCCGCUUUCCAUCAGCCCGCCCCAUUCUCCCGCUUUCCAUCACCCCGCCCCCUUCUCUCGCUUUCCAUCACCCCGCCCCAUUCUCCCACUUUCCAUCACUCCGCCCCAUUCUCCCGCUUUCCAUCACCCCGACCCAUUCUCCCACUUUCCAUCACCCCGCCCCAUUCUCCCUCCUUCCAUCACCCCGCCUCAUUCUCCCUCCUUCCAUCACCCCGCCCCAUUCUCCCGCUUUCCAUCACCCCGCCCCAUUCUCCCGCUUUCCAUCACUUAGCCCCAUUCUCCCGCUUUCCAUCAUCCCGCCCCAUUUUUCCGCUUUCCAUCACUCUGCCCCAUUCUCCCGCUUUCCAUCACCCUGCCCCAAUCUCCCGCUUUCCAUCACCCCGCCCCAUUCUCCCUCCUUCUAUCACCCCGCCCCAUUCCCCCGCUUUCCAUCACCCUGCCCCAAUCUCCCGCUUUCCAUCACCCCACCCCAUUCUCCCUCCUUCCAUCACCCCGCCCCAUUCUCCCGCCUUUCAUCACCCAGCCCCAUUCUCCCGCUUUCCAUCACCCCGCCCCAUUCUCCCGCUUUCCAUCACCCCGCCCCAUUCUCCCGCUUUCCAUCACCCCGCCCCAUUCUCCCUCCUUCCAUCACCCCGCCCCAUUCUCCCGCUUUCCAUCACCCCGCCCCAUUCUCCCCUUUCCAUCACCCCACCCCAUUCUCCCUCCUUCCAUCACCCCGCCCCCAUUCACCCUCUUUCCAUCACCCCGCCCCAUUCUCGCGAUUUCCGUCACCUCGCCCCAUUCUUCCUCUUUCCAUCACCCCGCCCCAUUCUUCCUCUUUCGAUCUCCCCGCCCCAUUCUCCCUCUUUCCAUCACCCCGCCCCAUUCUCCCUCUUUCCAUCACCCCGCCCCAUUGUCCCUCUUUCCAUCACCCCGCCCCAUUCUCCCGAUUUCCGUCACCCCGCCCCAUUCUCCCUCUUUCCAUAUUCCCGCCCCAUUCUCCCGAUUUCCAUCACCCCGCCCCAUUUCUCACGCUUUCCUCCAUCACCCCGCCCUAUUCUCCCUCUAUCCAUCACCCCGCCCAAUUCUCCCACUUUCCAUCACCCCGUCCCAUUCUCCCGAUUUCCAUAACCCCGCCCCAUUCUCCCGCUUUCCAUCACCUCGCGCCAUUCUCCCGCUUUCCAUCACGCCGCCCCAUUCUCCCGCUUUCCAAAACCUCGCCCCAUUCUCCCGCUUUCCAUCACCCCGCCCCAUUCUCACUCUUUCCAACACCUCGCCCCAUUCUCCCUCUUUCCAUCACCCGCCCCAUUCUCCCGCUUUCCAUCACCCCGCCCCAUUCUCCCUCUUUCCAUAACCUCGCCCCAUUCUCCCGCUUUCCAUCACCCCGCCCCAUUCUCCCUCUUUCCAUCACCCCGCCCCAUUCUCCCUCUUUCCAUCACCCCGCCCCAUUCUCCCGCUUUCCAUCACCCCGCCCCAUUCUCCCUCUUUCCAUAACCCCGCCCCAUUCUCCCGCUUUCCAUCACCCCCCCCAUUUACCCGCUAUCCAUCACCCCGCCCGCUUUCCAUCACCCCGCUCCAUUCUCCCGAUUUCCAUCACCCCGCCCAAUUCUCCCUCUUUCCAUCACCCCUCCCCAUUCUCCCUCUUUCCAUCAAACCGCCCCAUUCUCCCGCUUUCCAUCACCCCGGCCCAUUCUCCCUCUUUCCAUCACCCCGCCCCAUUCUCUCGCUUUCCAUCACCCCGCCCCAUUCUCCCUCUUUCCAUCACCCCGCCCCAUUCUCCCGCUUUCCAUCACCCGCCCCAUUCUCCCGCUUUCCAUCACCCCGCCCCAUUCUCCCUCUUUCCAUCACCCCGCCCCAUUCUCCCGCUUUCCUUCACCCCACCCCAUUCUCCCGAUUUGCAUCACCCCGCCCCAUUCUCCCGCCUUCCAUCACCCCGCCCCAUUCUCCCUCUUUCCAUCACCCCGCCCCAUUCUCCCGCUUUCCAUCACCCCUCCCCAUUCUCCCUCUUUCCAUCACCCCGCCCCAUUCUCCCGCUUUCCAUCACACCACCCCAUUCUCCCGCUUUCCAUCACAUCGCCCUAUUUUCUCUCUUUUCAUCACCCCGCCCCAUUCUCCCGCUUUCCAUCACCCCGCCCCAUUCUCCCGCUUUCCAUCACCCUGCUACAUUCUCCCGCUUUCCAUCAACCCGCCCAAUUCUCCCUCUUUCCAUCACCCCUCCCCAUUCUCCCUCUUUCCAUCACCCCGCCCCAUUCUCCGCUUUCCAUCACCCCGCGCCAUUCUCCCGCUUUCCAUCAUCCCGCUCCAUUGUCCCGCUUUCCAUCACCCCGUCCCAUUAUCCCUCUUUCCAUCACCCCGCCCCAUUCUCCCGCUUUCCAUCACCCCGCCCCAUUCUACCUCUUUCCAUCUCCCCGCCCCAUUCUCCCUCUUUCCAUCACCCCGCCCCAUUCUCCCUCUUUCCAUCACCCCGCCCCAUUCUCCCUCUUUCCAUCACCCCGCCCCAUUCUCCCGCUUUCCGUCACCCCGCCCCAUUCUCCCACUUUCCAUCACCCCGUCCCAUUCUCCCGCUUUCCAACACCCCGCCCCAUUCUCCCGCUUUCCAUCACCCAGCCCCAUUUACCCGCUAUCCAUCACCCCGCCCGCUUUCCAUCACCCCGCUCCAUUCUCCCGAUUUCCAUCACCCCGCCCAAUUCUCCCUCUUUCCAUCACCCCUCCCCAUUCUCCCUCUUUCCAUCAAACCGCCCCAUUCUCCCGCUUUCCAUCACCCCGGCCCAUUCUCCCUCUUUCCAUCACCCCGCCCCAUUCUCUCGCUUUCCAUCACCCCGCCCCAUUCUCCCUCUUUCCAUCACCUCGCCCCAUUCUCCCGCUUUCCAUCACCCGCCCCAUUCUCCCGCUUUCCAUCACCCCGCCCCAUUCUCCCUCUUUCCAUCACCCCGCCCCAUUCUCCCGCUUUCCUUCACCCCACCCCAUUCUCCCGAUUUGCAUCACCCCGCCCCAUUCUCCCGCCUUCCAUCACCCCGCCCCAUUCUCCCUCUUUCCAUCACCCCGCCCCAUUCUCCCGCUUUCCAUCACCCCGCCCCAUUCUCCCUCUUUCCAUCACCCCGCCCCAUUCUCCCGCUUUCCAUCACACCACCCCAUUCUCCCGCUUUCCAUCACAUCGCCCUAUUUUCUCUCUUUCCAUCACCCCGCCCCAUUCUCCUGCUUUCCAUCACCCCGCUACAUUCUCCCGCUUUCCAUCAACCCGCCCAAUUCUCCCUCUUUCCAUCACCCCUCCCCAUUCUCCCUCUUUCCAUCACCCCGCCCCAUUCUCCCGCUUUCCAUCACCCCGCGCCAUUCUCCCGCUUUCCAUCACCCCGCCCCAUUCUCCCGCUUUCCAUCACCCCGCCCCAUUCUCCCUCUUUCCAUCACCUCGCCCCAUUCUCCUGCUAUCCAUCACCCCUCCCCAUUCUCCCGCUGUCCAUCACCCCGCCCCAUUCUCCCGCUUUCGAUCACCUCGCCCCAUUCUCCCGCUUUCUAUCACCCUGCCCAUUCUCCCUCUUUCCAUCACCCCGCCCCAUUCUCCCUCUUUCCAUCACUCCGCCCCAUUCUCCCUCUAUCCAUCACCCCGCCCAAUUCUCCCGCUUUCCAUCACCUCGUCCCAUUCUCCCGCUUUCCAUCACCCGCCCCAUUCUCCCGCUUUCCAUCACCCCGCCCCAUUCUCCCGCUUUCCACCACCCCGCGCCAUGCUCCCGCUUUACAUCACCCCGCCCCAUUCUCCCUCUUUCCAUCACCCCGCCCCAUUCUCCCGCUUUCCAUCACCCCGCCCCAUUCUCCCUCUUUCCAUCACCCCGCCCCAUUCUCCCGCCUUCCAUCACCCCGCCCCGUUCUCCCGCUUUCCAUCACCCCGCCCCAUUCUCCCGCUUUCCAUCACCCCACCCCAUUCUCCCGAUUUGCAUCACCCCGCCCCAUUCUCCCGCCUUCCAUCACCCCGCCCCAUUCUCCCUCUUUCCAUCACCCCGCCCCAUUCUCCCGCUUUCCACCACCCCGCCCCAUUCUCCCUCUUUCCAUCACCCCGCCCCAUUCUCCCGCUUUCCAUCACACCACCUCAUUCUCCUGCUUUCCAUCACCUCGCCCUAUUUUCUCUCUUUCCAUCACACCACCUCAUUCUCCCUCUUUCCAUCAGCCCUCCCCAUUCUCCCUCUUUCCAUCAAACCGCCCCAUUCUCCCGCUUUCCAUCACCCCGGCCCAUUCUCCCUCUUUCCAUCACUCCGCCCCAUUCUCUCGCUUUCCAUCACCCCUCCCCAUUCCCCCUCUUUCCAUCACCCCGCCGCAUUCUCCCGCUUUCCAUCACCCGCCCCAUUCUCCCGCUUUCCAUCACCCCGCCCCAUUCUCCCUCUUUCCAUCACCCCGCCCCAUUCUCCCGCCUUCCAUCACCCCGCCCCAUUCUCCCUCCUUCCAUCACCUCGCCUCAUUCUCCCUCCUUCCAUCACCCCGCCCCAUUCUCCCGCUUUCCAUCACCCCGCCCCAUUCUCCCGCUUUCCAUCACCCAACCCCAUUCUCCCGCUUUCCAUCACCCCGCCCCAUUCUCCCGCUUUCCAUCACCCUGCCCCAAUCUCCCGCUUUCCAUCACCCCGCCCCAUUCUCCCGCUUUCCAUCACCCUGCCCCAUUCUCCCGCUUUCCAUCACCCCACUCCAUUCUCCCGCUUUACAUCACCCAGCCCCAUUCUCCCGCUUUCCAUCACCCCGCCCCAUUCUCCCGCUUUCCAUCACCCCACCCCAUUCUCUCUCCUUCCAUCACCCCGUCCCAUUCUCCCUCCUUCCAUCACCCCGCCCCAUUCUCCCGCUUUCCAUCACCCCGCCCCAUUCUCCCUCCUUCCAUCACCCCGCCCCAUUCUCCCUCCUUCCAUCACCCCGGCCCAUUCUCCCGCUUUCCAUCACCUCGCCCCAUUCUCCCGCUUUCCAUCACCCCGCCACAUUCUCCCGUUUUCUAUCACCCCGCCCCAUUCUCCCUCCUUCCAUCACCCCGCCCCAUUCUCCCGCUUUCCAUCACCCUGCCCCAUUCUCCCGAUUUCCAUCACCCCGCCCCAUUCUCCCGCUUUCCAUCACCCCGCCCCAUUCUCCCGCUUUCCAUCAUCCCGCCCCAUUCUCCCUCCUUCCAUCACCCCGCCCCAUUCUUCCGCUUCCCAUCAUCCCGCCCUAUUCCCCCGCUUUCCAUCACCCCUCCCCAUUCUCCCUCCUUCCAUCACCCCGCCCCAUUCUCUCGCUUUCCAUUACCCUGCCCCAUUCUCCCGCUUUCCAUCACCCCGUCCCAUUCUCCCGCUUUCCAUCACUCCGCCCCAUUAUCCCUCCUUCCAUCACCCCGCCCCAUUCUCCCUCCUUCCAUCACCCCGCCCCAUUCUCCCGCUUUACAUCACCCCGCCCCAUUCUCCCUCUUUCCAUCACCCCGCCCCAUUCUCCCGCCUUCCAUCACCCCGCCCCAUUCUCCCUCCUUCCAUCACCUCGCCUCAUUCUCCCUCCUUCCAUCACCCCGCCCCAUUCUCCCGCUUUCCAUCACCCCGCCACAUUCUCCCACUUUCCAUCACCCCGCCCCAUUCUCCCGCUUUCCAUCACCCCGCCCCAUUCUCCCUCUUUCCAUCACCCCGCCCCAUUCUCCCUCUUUCCAUCACCCCGCCCCAUUUUCCCGCUUUCCAUCACCCCGCCCCAUUCUCCCUCUUUCUAUCACCCCGCCCCAUUCUCCCACUUUCCAUCACCCCGCCCCAUUCUCCCGCUUUCCAUCACCCCGCUCCAUUCUCCCGCUUUCCAUCACCCCGCCCAAUUCUCCCUCUUUCCAUCACCCCUCCCCAUUCUCCCUCUAUCCAUCAACCCGCCCCAUUCUCCCGCUUUCCAUCAACCCGCCCCAUUCUCCCUCUUUCCAUCACCCCGCCCCAUUCUCUCGCUUUCCAUCACCCCGCCCCAUUCUCCCUCUUUCCAUCACCCCGCCCCAUUCUCCCGCUUUCCAUCACCCGCCCCAUUCUCCCGCUUUCCAUCAUCCCGCCCCAUUCUCCCUCUAUCCAUCACCCCACCCCAUUCUCUCGCCUUCCAUCACCCCGCCCCAUUCUCCCGCUUUCCAUCACCCCGCCCCAUUCUCCCACUUUCCAUCACCCCACCCCAUUCUCUCGAUUUGCAUCACCCCGCCCCAUUCUCCCGCCUUCCAUCACCCCGCCCCAUUCUCCCUCUUUUCAUCACCCCGCCUCAUUCUCCCGCUUUCCAUCACCCCGCCCCAUUCUCCCUCUUUCUAUCACCCCGCCCCAUUCUCACGCUUUCCAUCACCCCACCCCAUUCUCCCUCUUUCCAUCACCCCGCCCCAUUCUCCCGCUUUCCAUCACCCGGCCCCAUUCUCCCUCUAUCCAUCACCCCGCCCAAUUCUCCCACUUUCCAUCACCUCAUCCCAUUCUCCCGUUUUCCAUCACCCCGCCCCAUUCUCUCGCUUUCCAUCACCCCGCCUUAUUCUCCCGCUUUCCAUCACCCCGCCCCAUUCUCCCGAUUUCCAUCACCCCGCCCCAUUCUCCUGCUUUCCAACACCCUGCCCCAUUCUCCCGCUUUCCAUCACCCCGCCCCAUUCUCCCGCUUUCCAUCACCCCGCCCCAUUCUCCCUCUUUCCAUCACCCCGCCCCAUUCUCCCGAUUUCCAUCACCCCGCCCGCUUUCCAUCACCCCGCCCGCUUUCCAUCACCCCGCUCCAUUCUCCCGCUUUCCAUCACCCCGCCCAAUUCUCCCUCUUUCCAUCACCCCUCCCCAUUCUCCCUCUUUCCAUCAAACCGCCCCAUUCUCCCGCUUUCCAUCACCCCGCCCCAUUCUCCCUCUUUCCAUCACCCCGCCCCAUUCUCUCGCUUUCCAUCACCCCGCCCCAUUCUCCCUCUUUCCAUCACCCCGCCCCAUUCUCCCGCUUUCCAUCACCCGCCCCAUUCUCCCGCUUUCCAUCAUCCCGCCCCAUUCUCCCUCUAUCCAUCACCCCGCCCCAUUCUCCCGCCUUCCAUCACCCCGCCCCAUUCUCCCGCUUUCCAUCGCCCCGCCCCGUUCUCCCGCUUUCCAUCACCCCACCCCAUUCUCUCGAUUUGCAUCACCCCGCCCCAUUCUCCCGCCUUCCAUCACCCCGCCCCAUUCUCCCUCUUUCCAUCACCCCGCCUCAUUCUCCCGCUUUCCAUCACCCCGCCCCAUUCUCCCGCUUUCCAUCACCCCGCCCGCUUUCCAUCACCCCGCUCCAUUCUCCCGCUUUCCAUCAGCCUGCCCAAUUCUCCCUCUUUCCAUCACCCCUCCCCAUUCUCCCUCUUUCCAUCAAACCGCCCCAUUCUCCCGCUUUCCAUCACCCCGGCCCAUUCUCCCUCUUUCCAUCACCCCACCCCAUUCUCUCGCUUUCCAUCACCCCGCACCAUUCUCCCUCUUUCCAUCACCCCGCCCCAUUCUCCCGCUUUCCAUCACCCGCCCCAUUCUCCCGCUUUCCAUCACCCCGCCCCAUACUCCCUCUUUCCAUCACCCCGCCCCAUUCUCCCGCCUUCCAUCACCCCGCCCCAUUCUCCCGCUUUCCAUCACCCCGCCCCAUUCUCCCACUUUCCAUCACCCCACCCCAUUCUCCCGAUUUGCAUCACCCCGCCCCAUUCUCCCGCCUUCCAUCACCCCGCCCCAUUCUCCCUCUUUCCAUCACCCCGCCCCAUUCUCCCGCUUUCCACCACCCCGCCCCAUUCUCCCUCUUUCCAUCACCCCGCCCCAUUCUCCCGCUUUCCAUCACACCACCUCAUUCUCCCGCUUUCCAUCACCUCGCCCUAUUUUCUCUCUUUCCAUCACCUCGCCCUAUUUUCUCCCGCUUCCCUAAACCCUAAACCUCAUUCUCCCUCUUUCCAUCACCCCUCCCCAUUCUCCCUCUUUCCAUCAAACCGCCCCAUUCUCCCGCUUUCCAUCACCCGGCCCAUUCUCCCUCUUUCCAUCACUCCGCACCAUUCUCUCCCUUUCCAUCACCCCUCCCCAUUCUCCCUCUUUCCAUCACCCCGCCCCAUUCUCCCGCUUUCCAUCACCCGCCCCAUUCUCCCGCUUUCCAUCACCCCGCCCCAUUCUCCCUCUUUCCAUCACCCCGCCCCAUUCUCCCGCCUUCCAUCACCCCGCCCCAUUCUCCCUCCUUCCAUCACCUCGCCUCAUUAUCCCUCCUUCCAUCACCCCGCCCCAUUCUCCCGCUUUCCAUCACCCCGCCCCAUUCUCCCGCUUUCCAUCACCCAGCCCCAUUCUCCCGCUUUCCAUCACCCUGCCCCAUUCUCCCGCUUUCCAUCACCCUGCCCCAAUCUCCCGCUUUCCAUCACCCCGCCCCAUUCUCCCGCUUUCCAUCACCCUGCCCCAUUCUCCCGCUUUCCAUCACCCCACUCCUUUCUCCCGCUUUCCAUCACCCAGCCCCAUUCUCCCGCUUUCCAUCACCCCGCCCCAUUCUCCCGCUUUCCAUCACCCCACCCCAUUCUCCCUCCUUCCAUCACCCCGUCCCAUUCUCCCUCCUUCCAUCACCCCGCCCCACUCUCCCGCUUUCCAUCACCCCGCCCCACUCUCCCGCUUUCCAUCACCCUGCCCCAUUCUCCCUCCAUCCAUCACCCCGCCCCAUUCUCCCUCCUUCCAUCACCCCGCCCCAUUCUCCCGCUUUCCAUCACCUCGCCCCAUUCUCCCGCUUUCCAUCACCCCGCCACAUUCUCCCGUUUUCUAUCACCCCGCCCCAUUCUCCCUCCUUCCAUCACCCCGCCCCAUUCUCCCGCUUUCCAUCACCCCGCCCCAUUCUCCCGAUUUCCAUCACCCCGCCCCAUUCUCCCGCUUUCCAUCACCCCGCCACAUUCUCCCGCUUUCCAUCAUCCCGCCCCAUUCUCCCUCCUUCCAUCACCCCGCCCCAUUCUUCCGCUUCCCAUCAUCCCGCCCCAUUCCCCCGCUUUCCAUCACCCCUCCCCAUUCUCCCUCCUUCCAUCACCCCGCCCCAUUCUCUCGCUUUCCAUCACCCCGCCCCAUUCUCCCGCUUUCCAUCAAACCGUCCCAUUCUCCCGCUUUCCAUCACUCCGCCCCAUUAUCCCUCCUUCCAUCACCCCGCCCCAUUCUCCCUCCUUCCAUCACCCCGCCCCAUUCUCCCGCUUUCCAUCACCCCGCCUCAUUCUCCCGCUUCCCAUAACCCCACCCCAUUCUCCCGCUUUCCAUCACCCCGCCACAUUCUCCCACUUUCCAUCACCCCGCCCCCUUCUCUCUCCUUCCAUCACCCCGCCCCAUUCUCCCUCCUUCCAUCACCCUGCCCCAUUCUCCCGCUUUCCAUCAGCCCGCCCCAUUCUCCCGCUUUCCAUCACCCCUCCCCUUUCUCCCGCUUUCCAUCACCCCUCCCCAUUCUCCCUCCUUCCAUCACCCCGCCCCAUUCUCUCGCUUUCCAUCACCCCGCCCCGUUCUCCCGCUUUCCAUCACCCCGCCCCAUUCUUCCUCCUUCCAUCACCCUGCCCCAUUCUCCCGCUUUCCAUCACCCCGCCCCGUUCUCCCUCCUUCCAUCACCCCGCCCCAUUCUCCCUCAUUCCAUCACCCCGCCCCAUUCUCCCGCUUUCCAUCACCCCGCCCCAUUCUCCCGCUUCCCAUAACCCCACCCCAUUCUCCCGCUUUCCAUCACCCCGCCACAUUUUCCCACUUUCCAUCACCCCGCCCCCUUCUCUCUCCUUCCAUCACCCCGCCCCAUUCUCCCUCCUUCCAUCACCCCGCCCCAUUCUCCCUCCUUCCAUCACCCCUCCCCAUUCUCCCGCUUUCCAUCACCCCACCCCAUUCUCCCGCUUUCCAUCACUCCGCCCCAUUCUCCCGCUUUCCAUCACCCCGACCCAUUCUCCCACUUUCCAUCACCCCGCCCCAUUCUCCCUCCUUCCAUCACCCCGCCUCAUUCUCCCUCCUUCAAUCACCCCGCCCCAUUCUCCCGCUUUCCAUCACCCCGCCCCAUUCUCCCGCUUUCCAUCACUUAGCCCCAUUCUCCCGCUUUCCAUCAUCCCGCCCCAUUUUUCCGCUUUCCAUCACCCCGCCCCAUUCUCCCGCUUUCCAUCACCGUGCCCCAAUCUCCCGCUUUCCAUCACCCCGCCCCCUUCUCCCUCCUUCCAUCACCCCGCCCCAUUCUCCCUCCUUCCAUCACCCCGCCCCAUUCUCCCGCUUUCCAUCAGCCCCCCCCAUUCUCCCGCUUUCCAUCACCCCGCCCCUUUCUCCCGCUUUCCAUGA